AUGGACUUUUCUUAUCUCAAAGGAGUUAGGAAGAUUAUUUGCAUCGGCAGAAAUUAUGCUGCUCACAUUAAAGAGCUGAAUAACCCCGUCCCCAAACAGCCUUUCUUCUUUUUGAAGCCCAGCUCGAGUGUGGUAACCCCACCACAAACCAGAGGUUCUGCCGAAAACACAGGACCCGGUGUGUCUACAUUUAGAGGUCUUCAAGCAGAUGGAUCCAACCCGGGAAAAAUCCUGAUUCCGCGCGGCGUGAAAGUGCACCAUGAAGUUGAGCUAGCGCUUGUCAUGGGGAAGAACGUUUCCAACGCUUCCAAAGAAGCAUUUGGACCCAAAGAACUUUACGACUCAAUUUCUGGUAUCGCACUGUCGCUAGACCUUACCGCCCGUAAUGUCCAGGAUGAAGCGAAGAAAAAGGGGUUGCCAUGGUCCAUUGGGAAGGGCUUUGACACUUUUCUACCAAUCUCAGGGUUCAUCCCCAAAAGUAAGCUCAGUGAACCAACACGGUUGCAGGACUCUUUCAGACUCAAGUGUGAGAUCAACGGAGUUACCAAACAAGAUGGCACUUCCGGUUUGAUGCUGAUCCCAUUGCAUGAAAUCGUGCAGCACAUUUCCACGAUGAUGUCGCUUGAAGCGGGAGACUUGGUUUUGACCGGAACGCCUGCUGGAGUGGGCGAACUUCAUCCCAACGACGUCAUCACUUCGGAAUUGUAUCAAGAUGGGAAACUAUUGACAAAAAUGACUUUUGAGUGUGCCGAGAGACCUGGUCCUUACGUGUACAGAGAAACGUGA